CAUGCCAAAGAUUUCAGAUCGGUCAGCAGCAGCAGAAGCAAAAAGCUCGGCUCGCGACUCGCGGAACGAUUUUGAAAAGUUGUGCGGAUUAACAGAGCAGAUUUGGAUUUCAUAGGGCCCUAUGAAUAUUGAUUUUUGUACGUUGCUAUCGGUGCUGAACAGUUGUUCAAUUGGACUACAAUCGGAUUCUUCAGUCGCGCGUUUUACCGGCGGCUUUUGCAAGUCAGUUGAGAUCGUGCAACACUUUAUGUGUGAUUUUUUGUUUGUUGUGUGUCGACUAUUGAUUGAUAUUUUUUAACAUACAGCUAAAAGUGGUUGUAUACUUGGAGUAGUGGAUGCAAGUGUUUUGUGUAAAAAUCAACAAAAGCUAAAUAUACCAUUUAUUAUAUUAAACCAGCAAACAUAGUCCGGGAUAUUCUUACCCAUAACUUAAAAACCUUCAAAAUAUAUAAAAUCAACUUUAAAUAUAUAUUUAUUUAUAAUAUAUAACAUAUUUUCAAAUAUCAUCAAACGAAUCUUUCAAAACGCACGUUAAACAGGUGCUUCUAAAAUAAAAAGGAAAUCUGCAAAAAUUUAAAAGUGAGACCUUAAGUCUAAAUAUUUAUCAAUACUCUUCAGACUUACCCAAUACUUAUCCUUACCAAUAAUUCAUGCAAGAUUAAAUUGCAAUACAACUACAUAAUCUUUAAUAACCUAAAUCUCAUUGAAAUAAAAUUAAAUAGUUUCAAGCCCCAGUGAACUAAAGAGCAAAAGACAGUUAAUAGGCACAGAAAAUGCUGCUAAAAAUAGCUUAAAGCACGGUAAAAUAUAUUUAGACGUUCGAACAUUUACAUAGGAUAUCAGAAGGUGGAAACAUGGUUUCGGAGGAGAACUGGAAUAGCGACACGAUGUCCGACUCGGACAUGAUCGACUCAAAGAACGACGUUUGUGGCGGAGCCUCCAGUUCCAGUGGCAGCUCGAUUUCGCCGAGGACGCCACCCAACUGCGCCCGCUGCCGCAAUCAUGGCCUGAAGAUUACACUGAAGGGACACAAGAGGUACUGCAAGUUCCGCUACUGUACGUGCGAGAAGUGCCGGCUGACGGCGGACCGCCAGCGGGUGAUGGCUCUGCAAACGGCCUUGAGGCGAGCCCAGGCGCAGGACGAGCAGCGGGCACUGCACAUGCACGAGGUGCCGCCUGCCAAUCCGGCGGCCACAACUUUGCUGAGUCAUCACCAUCAUGUCGCAGCUCCCGCCCAUGUCCACGCCCACCAUGUGCAUGCCCAUCACGGACACGGACACCACUCGCAUCACGGACAUGUGCUGCACCACCAGCAGGCGGCGGCGGCCGCAGCAGCAGCUCCGUCGGCUCCAGCCUCCCAUCUUGGUGGGUCCACCACGGCCGCCUCCAGCCUCCACGGUCACGCCCACGCGCACCACGUCCACAUGGCAGCCGCUGCAGCCGCUUCGGUGGCUCAGCACCAGCACCAAAGCCACCCACACUCGCACCACCACCACCAGAACCACCACCAGCAUCCGCAUCAACAACCGGCCCCGCAGACCGCUCUGAGAUCUCCGCCGCACAGCGAGCACGGGGGCAGUGUGGGUCCGGCCAGCAGCAGUUCUGGCGGUGGAGCACCCAGUUCCAGCAAUGCGGCAGCGGCCACUUCGAGCAGCGGAUCCAGCAGUGGAGGAGGAGGAGGCGCAGGUGGCAGUUCGGGAGGCGGAGCAGGAGGUGGUAGAUCCUCGGGGACAUCGGUGAUCACUAGCGCCGAUCAUCACAUGACCACGGUUCCUACGCCCGCCCAAUCGCUGGAGGGGUCCUGCGACUCGUCAUCUCCAUCGCCGUCGUCCACUUCCGGUGCCGCCAUUUUGCCGAUCUCAGUUUCAGUCAAUCGCAAGAACGGCGCCAACGUGCCCUUGGGCCAAGACGUUUUCCUAGACUAUUGCCAAAAGCUAUUAGAAAAAUUCCGCUACCCUUGGGAGCUGAUGCCGCUCAUGUAUGUGAUAUUGAAGGACGCAGACGCCAACAUUGAAGAGGCUUCCCGGCGAAUCGAAGAGGGCCAAUACGUUGUGAAUGAGUACUCCCGUCAGCAUAAUUUGAAUAUCUAUGACGGGGGUGAGCUGCGCAACACAACGCGGCAAUGUGGAUGAUAAUUUUUCAUUAACUAGAGUAACAAAUACCACUUUGACCGAUAUUUAUUGUUCAGCAUCACAUAUUAGCUUAAUGCUUUGGUGAAAUCGCGCGAAUCUAACGUUUGUAACUUAGAGUUCAGUAACUUAGCGUUUUAUGAAGCAAAACCUCUGUUAAUAAAUCGAAUUUAUCGGUAAACUAACGCGCGCCUUGGACUAUCUUCAAUCAACAAGCCAAAUAUGUGACCGAUGUGUGACCGCCGUACUCCGUGUCAGCUUUCUUCAAUCAACAUUACCCCGUGCUGAGAUGUCUGGCAGCCAAUUAUUAAUCUACAAUCAACAUUUUCUCUUCAAUCAACAAUCCCCCAACGUAACUAAUCAACAUGCAACAGAGCCCUUGCCGCCAACGAAUAAUAUAAUCAAAGGAAAAAAUUUACUAAACGUUUUCAAAAAUAUUCGAAAUACCCACGCCAAAUCAACGAUCAACAUUUCAACACGUUCGCUACCCAAAUCUGCACAUCGGCUAUAUAGCAUUAGUUUAAUCUUAUUUAGGUUUGGCAUUGGGCUAAUUACAGUCUAAUUAAAGCCAUUAAAAGCGCCUUACUUCAGUCAUUUAUGCUUUUAUUGUUUAUCUAAGUACUUAACUGAAUCUAAGUACAAAGCAAUGUUUCUUUCGUAAGCUGCACUAAAUUGAUCAACAAAGGGGAUCGAGAAGAAAACAAACACACUCAGUCAAAUAGGCUUACAAGCCAAUCUCUAAUUUCUUCUCUGUGUGUGAAUUUGUAUCUUAGCAAGGUGCAUAGAAACCCUUGAAGAAAUGAUCACUAUUUUCCGGGGUCUGGGUAUCAAAUCUGUUGUGAGACAGUGCACAAAUUAUAAAUUUAUUUAGGUUAAUUUCAUCGAUGUCUUGCGAAACUCUAAUUGUAAUAUUUAAUUCUCAUUGACAUUGUAAAAUAUUGUUACGACCUUAAGAUUUAGCCCAGCGGAAUACUAUAAAAAGGAUAAACCUGAAAUGUCAGAAAUAAACUAUUUUCCUUAAACAAAAUGGAAUGAUGAAUUGGAAACUGAAAACCCUCGGAUAUGCGAAUUACCUCACUGAACUGGAAGUAUCAGCUGUUGUUUGUUUUGUUGAUGACAUUAAACUGGUAACGAUUGCUUUUCAAGUUGUUGCCGUUUCACGAAUCCAUUACCAUUGCACGUCCCAGCAUCAUCAGCUGAAGUUUUGCCGAGUUGGAGUUCAAAGCUGGGAGUUGGGAGCUGGAGUUACUUGUGUCGCCACUGCUGCUUGGAUCGUAAAUGCAUCAUUAAACCGAAAAAUGCAUGCGAAAAAUUUACGACACUGCCAACACCAUUGCCAAAGGCCUGCACUGGGAGAAAAGUUUUCAGUAAAUUCAUUUUCGCUUUUAUGAUAGCCUUCAGUUCAAAUCGAAUCCAUUUAUAAGAUGAAUAUUUAGAAAGGGUAGACUUAAAUAAUGCUAUAGUUUACUUGACUACCUUAGAAUAUUCUAUCGAAGGGGAAAACAUUUUGUUCCUUCGUUAUAAUAGUAACUUAUAUCGGUACUAUCCAUAGAUCCUAAUGGGUAAAUGCUAGAGCUGCCUUAAGGUUUUCUCCAAGUGAGUGCCUGUUCCCAGCUUCGGCUUUGGUUUCUCCAGCUGGGAUAAACGACUCUAGUCCGCAACCAGGUAGCUGCAAUGCUCCGGCCGUAACAGCUCAACAUAGCUCCUCGGCACUAAACACGUCACGAUGAAAUUUCAGGAAUCGCAGGCGAUCUGGGAGGGUGAAUCUCUGGGUUACCGUGGGUAGGCAAUGGCGACGUGUAAAUGUGGGCACCAUAAAGCUCAAAGUGUUUAUGGUUGAAAUGUGUGCAAGUGAAAGAGGAAUCGCCGAAUCGAUAAAGGUAUUUGAUGCCAACGAAUCGAAAGUUUUAUUGCGAUAUUCAAGGCCCCUUAAAAACGAAAUAUUGCUAACCUACCUUUUUAUACAAGAACAGCAAACAAUCGUAAAUACUGAAAAAGAAAAGCUGACCGUAUGUCAUAACAUAACAUAAUAUAACAAAUAUAACUAGUGCAAUGAUUUUAAAGAUAUUUUAAAGUUUUACGCGCUGAA